AUGGCCACCGAGGAAGAAGCAGUAGUACCCACCAACCAACGAAGCUCGUGGACGAGUUUCUUGAAAUCUAUCGCAACCUUUUCUGGGGAUCUGAGCUCAUUAACCGCUCCCUCGUUCAUACUCAGUCCUACAAGUUUAUGUGAAUUUCCAUCAUAUUGGGGAGAGCCACAUCGAGAAUUUGCGGCUAUUUCGACCGGAAAGGAUCCUGAGGAACGUAUGGUCUUGACGCUCCGUUGGUUUAUCUCGACUUUGAAAGGUCAAUUCACUAGACGAGAGACUCAGACUGGAACAGAAAAGAAACCAUUAAACCCGAUCCUCGGAGAACUCUUUCUAGGCAGUUGGAAUUCCGGCCCCUCUACUGAUGAAAACAGUACUGGAGAACUAAGAUUAUGGACGGAACAGGUCUCUCAUCAUCCACCCGUGUCAGCUUAUUGCUUGAUAAAUGCUAAAGCAGGGGUUUCUUAUCAAGGCCACUGUGGUCAAAAGACUUCGUUUAGUGGGAAAAGUGUCAUUGUCAAACAAGUCGGACAUGGACUUCUUAGAAUCAAAUUGCCCGAUAACACUAUUGAAUCUUAUCUGAUCACUCUACCCAAGCUGCGUAUUGAAGGUCUAUGGAUGGCUAGUCCCUACAUUGAGUUGACUGAAAAUUCUCACAUCCAGUCCUCGUCUGGGUACCAUACUGUCUUGGAAUUCAAAGGAAAAGGUUAUUUUUCGGGGAAGGCGCAUUCAUUUACGGCGAAGAUAUACAGUCAGCCGAAGAUCACAUCCGGGGUAAGCCCGGUUUAUGAGAUCGAAGGACAAUGGCAUGGGUUCUCGAAGUUUGUCAAACAAGUGCCUAAAUGGUGGCAAGGAUCAGGAGAGAAAUUCUUGGAUCAGACGGAAGAGAAACUUGACGAGAUCACCGUCCAAGAUAUCUCUAAACAAGGCCCACUCGAAAGUCGACGGGUUUGGAAAGAUGUGGCGGAUGGGAUUCGCAGUGGGGAUUUCGAAGCUGCCAGUUCGGCUAAAUCAAAGCUAGAGAAUGAACAAAGAGCUAAAAGGAAGGAAGAGUUGGCCAAUGGAACUCCAUGGCAAAUGUCACAUUUCGAUCGGGUAGAUUCGGAUGAAGAAUAUGCCCGAUUGGCCGAAAUGUGCGGUCAUUCUCCCCCCACUGAAGAAGCUUAUUAUUUCAAGUUCGAAAACGAGUACAUCCAAGAAACUCUUUCGAAGCAACAACAACAAGAAUGA